AGGAAAACAUUUCAGAACAUCGCAAAAUGAAUCUGAAAAAAAGCGGGCACGUGAUCUACGAUUUAUUGCUGUUCAUUGGCAUGAGCAUAGUUUAUUUCACCGAGGCCAUAGUGUUAACAUUAAUUCCUCGUCGAUAUCGAGCCAAAUCAAUCCAGAAUGAAAUUGCUCUCGUCACAGGUGGUGCGAGCGGAAUUGGCAAAUUAAUCACGAUCAAACUUGCCAAACUAGGUGCACAUGUAGUCGUUUGGGAUAUUGAUAAAAAUGGUCUUGUGGAAAUCGCGGAAGAAAUAAGGGAAGCCGGUGGAAAAUGUUACACGUAUUGUUGCGACAUCACUGACAAAGAGGAAGUGUAUCGCACCGCAAAAGCGGUACAAAUCGAAGUCGGAAAUGUAAGUUUGUUAGUGAAUAACGCCGGAUAUGUACACGGAAAAACUUUUCUGGAGUUACCCGAUCGUGAAAUUGAGCGAACAUUUCAAGUGAAUAUCCUGUCACAUUAUUGGAUUACAAAGUCAUUCUUAAAAGAUAUGAUGAAAAAUAAUCACGGUCACAUUGUGACGAUUGCGAGUGUCGCUGGACUCCUAGGAACAUACAAUUGCACGGAUUAUUCUGCGACGAAAUUUGCUGCCGUGGGAUACCACGAAAGUCUUUUUACCGAACUCAAAGUGCACGGAUACGAUGGGAUCAAUAUGACUUUGGUUUGUCCGUAUCUCAUAAACACAGGGAUGUUCCAUGGAGUAAAACCCAGAUUAAUGCCGAUGCUCGAACCAGAAUACGUUGCGGAAGAGAUAGUCGCGGGUAUACUAACAAACGAGAUAUCUGUAGUGUUACCUAAUAGUAUAAAAUAUCUACUGCCGCUUAAAUGGUUACUACCAUCAAAAAUGUGUUGGGCGCUAAUGUAUCACAUUGUAAAAGGACCACAAGCCAUGAUGAUGUUCCAAGGCCGUAAAUCAAAUGAAACGUCAAAUAAUGGUGAUUAUAGCACAAAGUACUAUAAAAAUAUAUAUGCGCGCGUCAAAACUGUACGAGGUUAAAGCAGGAUAUUGUGAUAAUAAUAUAAGCUUAAUAAUAAUAUAAACUUUAUAAAUGUUUAAAUGUAUUUUGAGACUUGUAUGUACAUGCAUAUCCAUGUGCCUACAGACAUUAGAAAACUUCAAUUAUAUAAAAUAAAAAAUUAUAUGCAACA